UAAAUUAAUUUGUGUGCGAGUAUACCAUAACUAGUGGAUUAAAAUGACUACUGAAAUGAGCUUGAAUAAGAAUUUUAUUCAAUUUUCAUUGAAAAGUUAUCGUCGAUCAAAUAUAUUCAAUUCUAAAUGUGAACAUAAAAACCUAAAGAUGGCAUUCCUGUUCACCUGAAAGGUGUUAAGGUCAGUUGUAGUCCUAUGUAUGAAAUAGUAGUAAACGAUCAUCUAAUGGUAUCUAAAAGCUUUCCUUCUUUAUUUAUCAUAUAGAUUAUAAUAAGAUAUAUAGAUAAUUUAGCUGACAAAAAAAUUAAAUAUUUAUAUUUCGAAAAGAUAGGCUUAAAAAUUUGAAAUUAAAAAAUAAAGCGAACAAAUUUGUUAAUGAUCUUAGCUAUAAAAAAUAUGUUAGGACAUGUUGUCCUCUCAAUUUAUGACAGCUUUUAUAACUUUUCUUUUUGUGGCAGGUAUUAGGCAGACAUUUGGCAGCGUGAAAUGUUUACGAUGGUUAUAAGAGAGUCUAAUACUUGCUCUUUGAUUUUUAUAUGAAUAUUCAAACAAAUAGGACUAUAGUCGGUUUUGCGGAAAGCAAGAGAUAUUCAAUUACCUAAUUUUCUUCUCGGUGUAAUAAAUUUCAAACUUAUGUCGUUUUCGUCGGAAUGAAUGUAAUUGUGCAAUUCAGCAAAAUGUUAAAAAUAAAAUAUCUAGGUAUUAGUUAUCUAAUCAAGUCAAUAAAAACAUAUCUUCCAAUAUGCACCAUACACAAGUUUCCAAUGCCCCCUAGUGGAAUUAUAGAAAUAUAUAUAUAUAUAUAUAUAUAUAUAUAUAUAUAUAUAUAUGCAUGCAUAUCUAUUUUAUUAUAACUGAACUAGAAAAACAAAUCACUAUGAAAAUAAUGAAUGCAUUAUUAAUUGUCGUUUGCCUAAUUUUAAUUGAAGAAGCUUCUUCAAUUAAAAAACCAAAGUAUAUAGCAAGACGGCCAAAGUUUAUGAAGAAACUUGCUCCGACGUUCAAAAAUUGUCAAAGAUAUUCAGACUUGAAAUUUGCUCAAAAAUCGUGCAAAAAAGAUUCAAAUAAUGAUCGAUGCAAAGAGAUUGCAAGCAAAGACAGAAUUUUCAUGAAAAAUGCUAAAUGGUCAUUUCGUAUUAGAUGCCAAGUAAAGAAAAUGUCAAAAAAGCUUAAAGUUAUAGAGCAGGAUAUAUCAAAUUCAGUAUUUCGGAAGGGAAUGAUACAAUUUGUUUACAAUGGAUCAAUUUCUUUUAAGAAACGAGAUAUAUAUUGCUUGAAUGAGAAUAUGUAUAAUGUCAAGCAAAAAACUUGUCCAAAAUUCUAUGAAGAGCAGCUUAACAUUUGGAAAAUUGAUUAUCAAAAAGGGAACUUUGAGUAUAAUAAUGAUACUGGCAUGCUAAAGAUACUUGAAGAGGGAUACUACUGGAUUUACAGCCAAAUUGUUUUCUACAAUAAAGUGCAUCACAAUACCUACAAAAUAUGGAGGAUCAGCAUGAAAUCUAAGAAAAAUAGAAUAGAAAAGAUUGCUUCCUGUGUAGAAUCGCAAGGUUACAACAUCUUCAAGUCGGGCAAAGAGGAAGCAGAAGGAGCUACUUUCGUUACAGUAACAGAAGACAAAGCCAAACAUAAUACCAAACUAAGAUUAGGUAUCAGGAAGCAUUACGUUACUUGCAAUACAGCAAUUGCUGAACACUUGUUCGUGGGCGAUAUCUUAAUUCUUGCGUCACCCUAUUCAAAAAGAGAACCCAGCGUAGAUGUGUACAACAGUUUUUGGGGCGUAACUCAGAUAUAA